AAGAUAAUUAUCACACAACAAAGACCUUCCCGAACGGGGAGUGGUAGGAACUCUUUUAGCAGAAUUCCCAAAGCUUUUCUUGUUAUUGGUUAGAUUUCGCUCGAGAUUAUCGCCACGUUAUCGUUGCGUGUGUUUGGUGUGUAUUCUGUGCUGUGUCACUCGCUGAAAGCCAAAUAAUACACGCAAAAUAUACGGAUCCCCUGAAAGGAUUGCGCUGUGCUAGCCCUCACGUAACCCGAGAUACCUAUUGCCUUAGGGUUUAUACCUACAACUUUACAAUCAUGGCAGAAGGGUCCUCACGUAUGACAGAGGGGAUGCUUUCCUUGUCUUGGAACAAUCACAGUGCGGCCUUCACACAGACGCUUGCUACUUUAAGAGAAAAGGAGAUUUAUACUGACGUGACCUUGGCAUGUGGUGGGAAGUUUUAUCCUGUGCAUAAGCUUGUGUUGUCAACUUGUAGUGACUAUUUUCUCCAAAUGUUUGAGAGAACAUCUUGCAAACAUCCAAUCAUCAUAUUGAAAGAUGUACAGUGUCGAGAAAUGGAGGCUUUGUUGAGUUACAUGUAUGAAGGCAUAGUCUGUGUGCCUCAGAGUGACUUGACCCAGUUGAUAAUGGUUGCAGAGGCCUUACAGAUUAAGGGAUUGGCAGUUCCUGAUGAAACUAUGUGUACAAAUAAUAGAUUAUCAUACACUUGGAGUCCAACAGAUGAUCGAAUAAGCCCUCAUGCAAAGCGUCUGAGACAUGGUGACAAUGGUGCUGGUGUAUUUUAUCCAAGAUACCCUGACAACCUUAAACCGAAGACCUUGACUGGCAUACCUUCAUUCUCAUCUGUACCACCUCAGACCCUUAAUUCCACUCCAUCUGUUCCUAGCAUUGGAAAGCAUGUUCAGCACAAUGUUCGUCCAUCUUACACCACUGUCCGUUACUCGCCAUAUUCUAGAGAAUCAGAACGCCAGCAAGCAUCUCCAAAACAGAUUCAGACAAUAAGUAUGAAAGAAUUUUUAGGAAUGUUUAAGAGUGACCAAAAGCAGAGCGAUUUGAAACUGCCUGGUUCUCAGAAUGCAAGUGAAGGAACUACCACCUCACAGAUGGAUACUUGCUCUACAUUUGCUGAUAAUGAUAAGGAAAUCAUACCAGAAGCUAUGGUAAAAGUUGAGGUUGAAGAGGGAACUGAACCUGUUCAUGUGGAAGACCUUGCGGAGCCACCUUGUAGUGAUGCUGAAGCUAGCCAUGUUCAUUCCCAACAUACAGGAGAAUUGCUUAAAUCUGAACCCUCUACUGGAGAAGGGGAGAAAGGCGAGUCAAGUAGAGAAAUUUCUGAAGCUUCUACCUCCAAGGCCUUUGACAAAUCAUCAGAUGCAGGCAACACAUUCACAAAAUCAAGCAGUGGAGACAGCCAUUCACAGAAUGUGAAAGUUGAGAAGCCAGAUGUACCAUCUGUUUCCUCUAGCAAUCGUGAAGCAAGUGAAAAUACACCACCUAAAACUAAUGUACAGGAUGGAACCUCGAAUUGGGCUGAGGAUGAAGAUAGUUCUCAUCCUCUUGAUCUCUCUGAUGCGCAGAAAUAUUCACAGAUGGUGAGUGCUGAAAAGGAAUAUUCAAGAAUGUUUAAACAACUCUACAAUGUGAAACUAGGAAAGUAUUCAUGCCCUCACUGUAGUUACAAGACUACACACAGUGCAACACUUACAAAACAUCUGCGAAUGCAUACUCUGGAAACACCUUACUCCUGUCCAUAUUGCCCAUUCAGGGCCUUUCUUCAUGCUCACUUACAGGAGCACAUGAAUACUCAUAAAGGUGGAUCUGAAGGUGGACACUAAGUUAUACUAAGGAACCAUAUCCUGAAAAUUAAAAAAAAAAAUCAUUCCCACAAUUAGUUUGAGAAAGCAUCCAUAUGUAAAAUGUGUUAUCACCUUCAUUAUCACAUCAUUGUUCAUGAAACUUCAUUUCAUUAUCAACAUAUUCAUUCGUAGAUAUUUGAAGUUAUCUGUACAAUUGUAGUAUUGUCAUCUUUUGUACCCUUACUAACAUAUAUUAUAUUUUGAGUUCAUAUAGCUAAUAGUAAUCAUAGUGUUGUCCUAGAUUUUAUAUAUUUGUAUCGCUGUGACUAACAGUUUCUAAAACUGACAAGACUUUCCCUUCAUCCUUUGUCCAUUAUAAACAGCAACAUCUCACUAAUAUUGUAAGUCCCAGGACAGCAGAACAUCUGCAUCUGUAGAGGUUUGGAAAAAUGUGUCAGUAUUAGAUGUAGUGUAAUUAUGGAUAUGGAAUGAUGUCCAAGUUCUCUAUUUAAAAAAUCAGUUGUCAGUGUUGAUUGUGUGGUCCAUUAUAUUUCUUUAAGUAAUGUGUGUUUGAAGCUAAGUUCCUAUCCACAAAUCAAAAUAUGUAUGCUGGUUUUAAUUUGAAAAUUUACAAGUAAGUAGCCUCUAAAGAAAUUACAAUUAAGUAGUGGCUUACUUAGUAUUUCAUAGACAAAAUUGGGAAAAAGUCAUAUCUUCAAGGAAAGAUGUGGAAAUUUUAAAAAGUAACAUGUAUGAGUGAUGUAACAUUAUUAAGCAUAUUGUUGGGAAUCCAAUUGAACUUGAGAAACAAAAGUUUUACAAAUCGGAUAAGUGACAAUUGUACUCAACUACAAUAUGAUGAAUCUCAAUGACAAACUACUUUGAUGCUAAGGUCCUGAGUUUUGUGACCUCACCAGGACCUUUGUGCUCAAGUAAUUACUAUAUUAUCAGUGGAAUGCCAAGAUAUCUGCUGCUUAUAAAAUUAGCAAUCUUUACAAGUCAGAAAUAUUGUUUACCCGUUGACAAUUUGAAUACAGUCAUACAGCAUGAACGGCCAUUUCUUGGGUUAAGAAAUUAAACAGUAAAUUUAAGUAAAUUGUUUUCAAUUUUCAUUGUUCACUUCACUUUAGAGGAAGAGGCAGAUUCUCAUAAUUAAAUAUCCAAAGCUUGAACUGUCUGAAAGCAUUUUUUGAAAGAUUUAAUUCAUGCUUCCAAAAUCUUGCGCAUUUGAGUUUGUAAAUUUAAAUUUGUUUACCAAUAUGAGUUUCAAUAAGCUGAACACUAAGAAAAUUAUUAAUCGGCAAAUAAUUAAGUGCUUCCUUAACUUAGGGCAAAUUGAUCUUGCGGUGCUUUUUCAGUGCUGUUAACAGUGUUUUACAGCGCCAUUGAGUGUACUAACAGCAAGAAUAGGCAUCAUUUUAACUGUGCUUAUGGCGCUGUAACUUGAUCAAGUUAUGGUGCUAUGAGCACUGUUAAAGCAAAGGAGUCGCUUACUGCACGGCGCUGGAAUGGAUCCCCUGCCGUAGGUUAAGGACGCACUACAAAAAAAUUAUAGUCACAAGGAAAAUACCAUAGUAAAUGGUUAGCAAAUCAGCCUCUUGAAAAACAUGCAUUAUGGGUAACUUUUAAAUUAUCAUCAUAGGGAAUCAAAAUUUUUACAGUAAAAUUGUGUACAUCUUGAUAUUAAUAAUUUUGUUACAUCUAUCAGCUGGCUGUAUUACUAUUUCGUUUUCAUUCUAAUCAGUUAUCAACUAAUCAAUGUUUUAAAAUAAAAUUUAUUUAAUCAAUGUACAUUCAGUAAUUAAACUUGAUAAGGCAUUCACAUCCAUACCAAAUACUAGCCAGAGUCUUAUUAAUAUGAAACUCAAUAUUAUGUCAAAACUAGGAAUGAUAGUAUGUAAUCUAUUUUAUAGUUUUAAGGACUUUCCCAAUGUUAAACUAAAUCUGUCUUGGCUUACAACCUUUGGAAUAUUUAUUCAGUGAGGUGAGUUAUCUCAUUUGUGAAAAACAAAUAAAUUUAUUGUUUUUAGAUCUUUAAGAGAUUUAUAAAAAAAUGCAACAAGAAAUCAGAUUUGGGCUGGAAGAGGCCUGUAUAUUCUUACCAAGAAAUUAGCCUAUCACUGUAUUGAAAUAAGCUGUUCAUGGUUUGUCUAAGUACAUAUUGUACACCACUUUUAGACAAAAUUUGUAGGAAAUGCUUUGUUCUCAUCUACCCACAUUUGAAAGGAUGUGUGAGUUGGAAAGUGGAUGUAAAUACAAGACAGAAACAAGCAUAAGAAUGAACUUGAUGAUGAGUAACAGUGUGGUGACUGACAACUGAUUAUCAACCAUGGCAGGGUUUAAUAGACCUAAUUGACAUUGAAAGUGAUUUUGUAGUGUACAGAAAGAUAUUUGUAUAAGGCCUACAUAUUCUGCUUGCUUUGUUGCUGGAGGUGUGGUUCAUACUAAUAUUGAAAAUGAAGUGCCAUAGAGAAACCAGGGUCGUGUAAAUUAGGUUCAUGUUAAGUCUUAGAGGGUAUCUGCAAGAAAAAUAUAUUAGUAAACUGUAUAAUCCAAAAGUUUGCACAAAAAUAAUACAUUAAUGUAAAUGUAAAUUGUGAUAUAUAUUGGAUCGCAUGCUCUUCUUUGUAACUAAAAAUUUCCAUUUAAUAUUGUCCCUUUACGCAGUGCAGAGGAGCAGUAUCCUAAAAAUAUGAGAAUUUAUAAAUAUCAUUCCCAAAAUAUACAAAUGUACAAAAGUAUUGCAUGUUGAGUGUAAAAUGUGUAUUGUAGAACUUUUUUUUUUCUUUGCCAAACAAUUCAAAUCUUGUAAAAUAUGGUUUAGGUUUAAACAAACUUCACAUCACUGCUAAAGUGGUCUCCCCACUGAAAAUAGGCUUUCAUACUCUUAAAAGUAAUUUUUGCCAAAAAAAAUUUAUCCAAGGGCCCAAAAAUUACAAGUAACAUUAAAUCAAAUGUGACAGAUGACGGACUAUUUAAACUUCAUUGAAAUAGUGGUAGUCACGUCCCUGUUGAUGAUCAAAUUCGUUUUUUGGGAGCAGCUUGGAUGAAAAAUACUUUGAUUUCUUUCCUUCAUUUUGGUUUUCAUUAUAGUCUGCUAAACAAAAUAAUUAUCAUGUAAUAAUCAUAGGUCAAAGUGUAGAAUUUGUGUGACAAUUAUAUUUUGUGGCUUGUAAGGGGAUUUACUCCUAUUCAUCUGUGGUAUAUUUUCUUGACAGUCUGUCCUUGAGCUGAGAGUUCUUCAUUGGCAGUCAUUCAUAUUGUACUGGAGUGCAUUGAUGAAGUGCAGUGAAUUACUCUUAUCCUAUCAAUUUCAGGGACAUCAUCUAAAUUGGUUCACUCCUCCUCCUGGGAAUCUUGAUAAUACAGCGAGAAAUAUUUUUAAGUGCCAUUUAUUUUGCAAAUACAGUACAUAAAUAUACUAUGGACUGUUGAAAUGUUUAAAGCUGUGUAUGUGGUUAGGGAAUUUUGUCAUUCAAUUGUUUUAUUCCACUUGCUGUACACUUCUGAAACCGUAAAACUUUACAGAAAAGAGAGUAUGGAAUCUGGAAGAAGUGACUUUUUAUAGUCCAUGGUGGAUCUGCCAUUAUGUAACCCCAUUACUAUUAGUGAAGUAGCAAUUGUAUUGUCUAAAUGUACAAACAGCUUUAUACUGUUUUUAGUGCAUUAUUAGUACAUUCAAAAAAGCAUUAAUUAGGCUAUAAUCCCAAAGCAUUUAUUUUGAUGUAGAAGUUUAUGUCAAAGACAACCAUCUUCCUCUUUAAAAAAAAAAGUAUGGUAAUAUUUGCAAAUGGAAAUCCAUAUCUGUAAAUAAUUGCACAGGUCUGUUAUUUCUAAUAGGACAGCUCUGAUGUUAAAUGGACUUCAGUGGUUAUCUACAAUAGCAAGAACUUGAAAGAAGGAUAAAAAAUGUUAUUAUUUUAAAUUAAAAAUUAGGUGAAUCUUAAAUGAUUAAGAAUUACAUUUUAAAAGUCUUGGUGUAUGGAUGACUUUGUAAUAAGUACCUGCACACCAGUUUGCACCAUUUCAUGAAACUUGAAAAUGUUUUAAUGAAACAUUUGUUGACCAUAGUGAUUUUCAUAAUACAAAUACAGUACUCUGGACAAUAAAUUUUAGGUUACACUGAUAAAAAAGAAGACCAGUUCAAAAUAAUGAAAUGACAAUCUAGAAUUUACAUAUAAAUGCUAUGGUUUUGUAUAGAAUACUACAACCUAAAAUAAUCGGUUUUUGCUCAACAAAUUUUUUAUGAUAAUAUCACAUAUCCUUUUAUUAAAGUUCAUAAUAUGAUAUUAACCAUGCCUCCCCCCCUCAAAACCCUAUGGUAAAACUGUAUUGAAGCUUCUACAGUUUAUAUAAUUCAAACUGAGAAAAGGUUUUUUUUACAGUGAGGUAUGCCUAAUGACAAAAACCAGGACUUAAAAUCCCAUCUUGCUGUUAUAUUGUUCAGUUUGUAACUUUCUUGCAGAACAGAAUUACAGCUUGAACAUGUUAAUGAGAACUGUCAGCUUGUAAACCAAGUAGAAAUGGUUUUGAACAACUAUAAUGUCUACCCUUGCCUAGUCAUGAUUUUACUUCAAUUUGGUACCAUCUUUUCUUGAUUUUCUUUACUAAAACUUCAUUUUGCCAUCCAAGUUGGGUAGUUUGUUUUGUUUGUAUAGUGUUUUUACGUUGCAUGGAACCAGUGGUUAUUCAGCAACGGGACCAACGGCUUUACGUGACUUCUGAACCACGUCGAGAAUGAACUUCUAUCUCCAGAAAUACACAUCUUUAACACCUCAAUGGAAUGCCCAAGAAUCAAACUCGCAUCCACCGAGGUGGCAGGUCAACACCAUACUGACUAGGCCAAUGAGUCACUUUCCAGGUUGAGUAGAUAGCCUAACCUUCCUUCAGGUCAAAAGCAACAAGCAAUUUUCACAUGCUUAUUGAUAUUAUGAAACAGUGUAUCAAAACAGCCAUAUUAUUAACGUUUAACAUGAAAACAAUGAAGUGGGCUGAAGUAUGCCUUAGUGAAUUACUAUUGUACUGUCUACAUUGCAUGAUGUCAGGUCCCAUAUAUGCAAUGGUAAAAUGCAAACACGCUUAAUGCUUCCUGGACUGUCAGUCGCUUAUCACAGACUGCUCAUAAAAUAUGUAUUUUCCCUCUUGCUGACACCCUGGAUGACUUGCACUAUGAUUACCACUUGAAUUGUUUUAUGCCUAUGGAAAUUAACUCCUUUAUUAUUGUUACAUGAACAAUUGUGCCCUCUAGUUCAAUUUUCUUCUUUUCCCAGAAAAAGAUUUUGUAGUAUGUUGCUUUGUUAAAUUCCUAUAGAUGGUGCUCCUUUACCACAAGUUAUGUUGUAAUUCUCUAAUACCUUUAAAAAUGUGUUAUACUUUGUAAAGAUAGUAGUUAUAUAAUUGCAGAUCUAAUUAAUUGUUAAAGAAUAAAUAACUUUAAGUUUACAUAAAA